UGUAAGGGGGCUGGGUCUGGCCAGUCGCCACUUGAAGCUGGUAGCAUUCGGAGCGGAAAGAUGAGUGCACCCACGGAUUACCUGUUCUGCCCGCUGGCAUAUGGGUCAGCUCUUUCGGCCAUCGGAAUCUAUCUGCUCCGACAAUAUAUGCAGGGAGGUCAGUUCACCACGAAAACGGAUGAGACCGGCAGAGUGGCGAUUGUGACCGGCUGCAACCAGGGGAUUGGCAAGGAGACCGUGCUGGAGCUGGCCCGCAGGGGAGCCACCGUGUACAUGGCUUGUCGGGACAUGAAGAAGUGCGAGAAUGCUCGUCGGGAGAUCAUCGAAGCGACCAACAACCAGAACAUCUUCGCACGCCAAUUGGACCUGUGCUCCAUGAAGUCCAUUAGGAACUUUGCAGCUGGCUUUAAGCGGGAGCAAAACAAGCUCCAUAUUCUCAUCAACAAUGCCGGCAUUAUGGACUGCCCCAAAAUGCUGACGGAGGACGGCUUUGAAAUGCAAAUCGGAGUGAAUCAUAUGGGCCACUUCCUGCUCACACUUCUGCUCCUCGAUCUGCUGAAGAGUUCCGCGCCCAGUCGCAUUGUGGUCCUGUCCAGCAUUGCUCACCGGCUCGGAAGGAUUAAGCGUGACGACCUGAACAGCGAAAAGUCCUACGACAGAAAGAUGGCCUACUGUCAGAGCAAAUUGGCCAACGUCCUCUUCACCAGGGAGUUGGCUAAACGCCUGAACGGAACUGGGGUCACGGUGAAUGCCCUACAUCCCGGGGUAGUGAACACGGAACUGUUCCGCAAUACACCCUUUUUGUGUUCGAGGUUUGGAAAAUUGCUCAUAGCUCCUAUUAUAUGGAUUUUCAUAAAGACGGCUAGGAAUGGCGCACAGACGACCCUGUACGCUGCCCUGGAUCCCAGUUUGGAAAAAGUAUCUGGAAGAUACUUCAGCGAUUGCAAGCAGAAGCACGUGGGCUCGGCCGCCCAGUUUGAUGAUGAUGCCCAAUUCCUAUGGGCGGAAAGUGAAAAGUGGACGGGAAUUAAUAUUUGAGCAACUUUAUGACACUUUUAACUCUUACCCUGUAUUGUCGAAAUACAUUUAAUGGAAUAAGCUAAA